AUGAAGUUCCUGUUCCUCUGCACGGUAGUUAUUCUUGCGUCAGCGUCUGCUGCAGCGCUAACCGCGCGGGAUAUUGAACUCUACAAGCUUCGUCAACAAGUAGCAUGCUCUUACGAUCAGACGAAGUAUUGGCGCCCAGAAGUGUUUAUCGGCGACAUGAUACUGGGGCCAGAAUGUGUUUGCCGCCCGGGCUAUCAUUUCAACCUAGCUGACUACAAUUUGCCGUGCACCCGGAAUCAAGAU